GUAACCAGAUCCAGUAGUUACACCAGAAAGUCCCAGUUCCAGGUAGAAGAAGAAGACAUUGAAAAACUAGAAAUUAGGAUCGACUUGUGGAACAAUGGAAACCUGGUACAAGAUGUUUUCCUAGGUGAGAUUAAGGUUCCUGUGAAAGUGUUAAGAAAUGACACCUUUCAUCAAGCCUGGUACUUGCUACUACCAAGAGACAAUGGAAACAAGUCAUCUAAAACUGAUGACCUGGGGUCUCUUCGAUUAAACAUAUGUUAUACAGAAGACUAUGUGCUUCCUUCAAAGUACUAUGGUCCUUUGAAAACUUUGCUGCUAAAAUCACCGGAUGUUCAGCCAAUAUCUGCCUCAGCUGCUUACAUUUUGGGUGAAAUAUGUCGCGAUAAAAAUGACGCUGUCUUGCCCCUUGUGCGACUGCUGCUGCACCACGAUAAACUUGUUCCUUUUGCCGCUGCUGUGGCUGAAUUAGACUUGAAGGAUACACAAGAUGCAAACACAAUUUUUAGAGGAAAUUCCCUGGCUACCCGCUGUCUGGAUGAGAUGAUGAAGAUAGUGGGAGGGCACUACCUGAAAGUAACAUUAAAACCUAUUCUGGAUGAGAUAUGUGACUCCUCAAAAUCCUGUGAAAUUGAUCCUAUUAAAUUGAAAGAGGGAGAUAAUGUAGAAAAUAAUAAGGAGAACCUGCGCUACUAUGUAGACAAAUUAUUCAGUACAAUAGUAAAGUCAAGUAUGAGCUGCCCCACUGUAAUGUGUGAUGUCUUUUAUUCGCUAAGGCAAAUGGCUACUCAGAGAUUUCCUAAUGACCCUCAUGUUCAGUAUUCUGCAGUGAGCAGCUUUGUAUUUCUUCGUUUCUUUGCUGUAGCCGUAGUCUCACCUCAUACUUUUCAUUUGCGACCUCAUCAUCCAGAUGCACAGACAAUUAGAACAUUAACACUCAUCUCAAAAACCAUUCAAACUUUGGGAAGCUGGGGAAGUCUAUCCAAAAGCAAGUCAAGUUUCAAAGAGACAUUCAUGUGUGAAUUUUUCAAAAUGUUUCAAGAAGAAGGAUAUAUUAUAGCAGUUAAAAAGUUCUUGGAUGAAAUUUCAUCUACUGAAACUAAAGAGUCCAGUGGUACAAGUGAGCCUGUGCACCUGAAAGAAGGCGAGAUGUAUAAAAGAGCUCAGGGAAGAACUCGGAUUGGAAAAAAGAAUUUCAAGAAACGAUGGUUCUGCUUAACAAGCAGAGAGCUCACCUAUCACAAGCAGCCAGGCAAAGAUGCAAUUUACACAAUUCCAGUAAAAAACAUUCUUGCUGUGGAAAAACUGGAAGAAAGCUCUUUCAAUAAGAAAAAUAUGUUCCAAGUAAUACAUACGGAAAAACCACUCUAUGUCCAGGCAAGUAACUGUGUGGAAGCAAACGAAUGGAUAGAUGUGCUCUGCAGGGUGAGCCGAUGCAAUCAGAACAGACUCAGCUUCUAUCAUCCCUCUGCAUAUCUGAACGGAAACUGGCUCUGCUGCCAGGAGACCAGUGAGAACACUCUUGGCUGCAAGCCCUGUACUGCAGGUGUUCCUGCAGACAUCCAAAUAGAUAUUGAUGAAGACAGAGAAAUAGAAAGAAUUUAUUCUCUUUUUACUCUCAGUUUACUUAAGCUGCAGAAGAUGGAAGAGGCUUGUGGAACUAUUGCAGUCUAUCAAGGACCACAGAAAGAACCUGAUGAUUAUUCUAACUUUAUAAUUGAGGAUUCUGUGACAACCUUUAAGACAAUUCAGCAAAUAAAAAGCAUCAUAGAGAAGCUGAAUGAACCUCAUGAAAAGUACAGGAAGGAAAGAUCAAGUAGUGCAAAGUAUGGGAGCAAGGAAAAUCCAAUUGUUGGGAAAAUAUCUUAGAGGUCGUCCAAUUGAUUAAGAAGAACUGGAAAAUACUUUUUUUCUUGGAGUUUUUCAAUUCAUUUUUUUUGUUCAUAAUGUUUGAGUAUGAAUAUUGGCUUCAAUGUCACCUGCACAUUAUAUUUAAUAUUUAACAAUUGAAAUUAAUUGUUUGGGAAUCUUGAUAUUGAUGUACUACUAGAGAAUUUGAAGCCCAGAUUCCCUUCAUAUCUUGUGUGUCCAAAUCUAUGUUUCUGCACCUUCUUUUUAAUAGAAAGGAUCUUCCUAAAGAAGCUUUGUAACAAAGGGAGAAUUCCACAGCAAGAAACCAUCUCUUCUUGUAACAUUCUGUUCUGUGGACUUGUUUUCACUACCAUUAGUGCCUGCUCUAUACUGCCAAUGUUGUGUUUUACUAGAAAAUUCUGAUCCACGACAACUCGCAGCUCUUCAUUUUGUUCAUCUAGACCCUCCCUCUUU